UGGAAGCGUAACAAUACCAAACAAAUAUCAGAAUCAGAACACGAACAUAUAAGAACACGCUUGUUGCUCGUUAUUCAUUUGGAGUAAAAUUUAUUCUAGUUGGAUUCUAAUACCAUUUCUAGAAUUCUGUUUUUGUUUAGGAACGACAAACACAUCUUGUUGAAUCAUAUUAAAUUAAUUUUAGUAUUUCGAAGUGAUUAUCAUUUUUAAUUUCGUUUUAAAGGAAUUGUAAAAAUGGAUAUUCCAGGAUAUAUUUACGAUCACAUAACAAAAAGGUACUAUCGAGAAGCAACUGGACCAUGGGCAAAUGUGAAAAAGGAAGUUAUGCAAAUUGAAGUAAAACAGACAGUUUCUCAAAUGAACUUUCCUAAACCUAAAAGCAUGAUUGAUUUGCUUCAACAAAGAGAAUAUGGAAUGCGUAAGAAUUUUAGCAUUGAAUCGCCAUUUUUAAAAUUAAAAACUGAUGUGAGUUUUGAUUCAAGUAAAAAUGUAAUGGCAGUCAGUGAUCAACUUUCACCAAGUGUAUUGAUGAUUAAAGGUGGUCAGCAUAAUAUUUUUGGAUUAUGGAAAACUAAAGAUAAAUGGAACCAGAUUGUAGGGGAAGUUUAUAUUGAUUCAUCAAAGUUAGAUCCUCAAGUUGAUUUCAGAAAAGCUUUUGUUAUUGGUGUGCAAGACUUUUGUGAUGGCUAUAGAGAUUCAGAACUUCUCAUGAUAGCCUCUAAUGAUUAUAUGACAGAAAGUGGAAGAAUUAUUUUACUUCACCGUGCUGGUGGAGAAGAAAAUAUACAGCCUGCAAGAUAUCACUUGAAUAAAUCAACAGUAUUCAGUUGCUGCUGCAACUCUUUUGUAAGAAACUUUGCAGUUGGAAGCGAACUCUCAGUUACUAUUGAAAAUUCUAUGGGGCGUUUAUAUAGUAGACAUGCUUAUGGAAAUGUACAUUCAAUCCAAUAUAAUGAUACUGGAGACCUCUUAUACUGUGGUCUUCAUAAUGGAGCUUUUUCAGUAAUGGAUUUAAGAAUGCGGGAAGAACCUACAAAUCUGAAGCUUUUUGACUCUGGAAUAAAUGAAUGCUGUGUGUUAGGGAACAAAGAAGAAAUCAUCUUGGGAUCAUUUGAUGGUGUAGUAUGCAAAUUUGAUCUCCGAAUGUUGAAGGAUCGUGAAGCUAAGAAAGAUUCAUUAGUAGUAGCAGAAUAUUUGGAACAUGUCCAUUCUGUUAAAAAGAAGCCUUUUAGCGUAAAUGAGACUUUAGGUUUGCUGUGUGCUACUGGCAAAGAUAACCAGACUCGUGUUUGGUCAUUAAAAGGUGGUCUUCCUAUAAAAAUCUUCCGUCCACCCAUACCUUCUGAUGCUCAUGGAGCCUGGUUGUUGAAUGAUCCUUGGAAUGCUGCACUCCAUAUCUUUCAGAAUAAAAUGAUGUAUGUUUAUAAACUUUGAACUAAUUUUUAUAUUUAUUCAUCUUGAUUGCAUAUUACAUAAUUUCAUUAUCCAUAAUAAAUGUUUGUUUUUUUUUGUUAAUGUUUUUCUUUUUUUG